AUGGCUCUCGCCCUUCGAGCGCCCCGCUUCCAGCCGCUUCCCGCCUCCAUUCCCGCGACCUCCACCGCUUUCGCCAGCACCGCGAGGCCUUCCUCCUCCGCUGCCGCCACCACCGCCAUCUGCGCCGCCGCGUCGCCCUUCACCGAGGCCACGUCCUCCUCGAGAUACCGCCGCGACGCCUGGUCCUACACUGCCCAAGACUCCUCCUCUUCCUCGUCCGCCGCCGCCGCCGCCGCCGCGGCGGCAGCCUCGGGCCGCCGGGACGACGAGAUCGCCCUGCAGCUCCCGGAGCUGCGGAGGCUUCUGGAGGCUCUCAGGGCGUCCAGAGGGAAAGGGCUGGAAGGGGAGCGCGGCGGCGGUGGGCCCGGGAGGGUAGCGCUGGUUGGGACGGGGCCAGGGGACCCGGAGCUCCUGACGCUCAAGGCGGUUCGGGCCAUCGAGGCGGCGGACCUGGUGCUGUACGAUCGCCUCGUGUCCAACGAGGUGCUCGAUUUGGUCGCGGAUGGCGCCAGGCUACUCUACGUCGGCAAGACGGCCGGAUACCACAGUCGCACUCAGGAAGAAAUUCAUGAGUUGCUCCUGAGCUUCGCGGAGGCUGGUGCCAAUGUGGUGCGGUUGAAAGGCGGCGAUCCUCUGGUCUUUGGAAGGGGUGGAGAAGAGAUGGAUUUUCUACAGCAACAAGGAAUUAAAGUUGAAGUUAUUCCAGGAAUUACCUCUGCUUCAGGAAUUGCAGCUGAACUUGGUAUUCCGCUAACCCAUCGGGGUGUCGCUACCAGUGUCAGAUUUUUAACCGGCCACUCUAGAAAUGGUGGGACUGAUCCUCUACAUGUGGCAGAGAAUGCAGCCGACCCGGACACAACUUUGGUUGUGUAUAUGGGUUUGUCAACAUUACCAUCACUAGCUCCCAAGUUAAUGAAGCACGGUCUUCCACCAGAUACUCCUGCUGUUGCAGUAGAGCGUGGGACUACCCCCCAACAGCGAAUGGUAUUUGCAAUGUUGAAGGAUCUUGUGAAUGAGGUCCACUCGGCGGAUUUGGUUUCUCCAACUCUGAUAAUUAUCGGCAAGGUGGUGGCCUUGUCACCCCUUUGGGUUGAGUCAUCUGAACAUGACACACUUAAUAAUGAGAACUCGUCGCAACCGAGUACAACAGUUUCUCCUGUAUAA